AUAGUACUUCGCGUUUUUCGCUUGCGCACUGAUAGCCUAGCCGUGUUUGAUAGGCGUGAAGUGCGCGAUGUGCUCUCACAAGCCAACUCGCCCCCAUUCUAGACGCGAUGCGCGUUUUCCUUGCCGAACACAGCUAGCGGAAAUGUCGAGUCACGGUCUGCCGUGGAGCUCUGGACAGUACGCCGAGAUUUAUAGCCUCCCUGUGCGCAUUCACGUCGCGUGGCGUCGACUCGCCAUAAUGCCAUGCUGUCAGAUUUCCACUCGAUCUCCAAGCGUGCCCAAAAUCCCCCACACGAUGCAUCUACGACCUCUGAGGCACCGUAACUACGGUGGAUCCAAGUCGUGUGUUGGGUUACACUGCCACCGCUAGGAUCGACGCCCGUUUGUCGCUCCUAAGCCACCAAGUGUGAGUGGUCGUUAUGCAAUCUCAGACAUGGGCCUGCGAGUACUGCCCCGACGUGUUUCAGGACGCCUCUACGAGGGACACACAUGAGCGAACACGAUGCAGCGGUGCCCGAGCUCGCUGCGUUGACCUUGGCAUCAGUUUGGGCCCUUAUUAUAAGGGCCAGGGCUCCGUGUCCGCUCCUCCGCCACGCGCAACAGCCGAUGUACCAGAGGAGAGAGAAGUGAGUCAGCAUGCGCCACUCCAGUCGCAUAGUUCCGCAGAGCACGAGGACGAGCACGGGGCAGCUGGCAACGAGGCGGGUUCCCCAGUGUCUAGCGGUGGCAGCGGCGCUCGUCAAGGCAACAGCGAUGACACGGAGGACGGGCUAGAUCCCCGCGCAGACGACAGUGCCACGGGGCCUCAGUUCGACACCCAGUAUGCCAUCUUCCGGCUCGUCAUGGGGGCCAACAACGGAGCAGGAAUGUCGACGAAGGACACGGCGUUCCUGAUGCGGAUUCUCAAUUCGCAUGGCUUUCGAGUGUCAGCCUUACGGCAUUGGCGCUCUAAACGGGCCAUCGAACGCUAUGGCAUGAGGCUGCUACUAGGCACGAGGACGUACCACAAGUCUCACGUCUCCGUGCCCGGAUGGCCGACGCUGUUUACUGUGCAACACACCGGCGUGCUAGAGGCCCUGGCGGAAUUGUGGAGGCAUCCUGCCAAUGCUCCCGGGUUUGCUCUGCAACCCGAUGACGACGGCGAGGACGGUGGGAGCUCCACGCACAAGUAUUCUGGCCCGAAGAGCGGCUCACUUUGGCGGCUUGCACAGAAACUUUUGAAGAAUGGUGAGAUAGUUUGCCCUAUCAUCCUGGCAUCUGACGUAACAACGUUAAGUGGACACCAGCGCACCCGUGUGUGGCCGGUGUACUUGACAUGCGCCAACAUACAGUACUCCCUUCGCUGGCGGGAGACGGGUCGCGUGCUCCUUGGACUGCUGCCCAUGCCGCAUGAGAAGAUGACUCCGGUGCAGAAGGUCAUUCUGUUCCAGAAGGCCAUGCACGUCCUCCUACAUGAUCUCUUCCCGGCAUCUCAAUGGGGCACACCACUAACGGAUCCUCAGGGCGUGGUGCACACCGUGUACCCCAUCCUCUAUGCGUAUGUGGGUGAUUACCCCGAAAUAUGCAAGGUCUCUUGCACGCUGCAGCUGGGCAGUGAUAUGCCUCGCUCAGUGUGCUAUGUGGGGAAGAACUACCUGUGGGUCAUUCGCGAUGGGCUGAAUGCCCCCCGCACUGUGGAGCAACAGAUGAGGCUGUUGAAUGACCCCGAGGAGGCUGCAAAGUAUUCCACACAUCCCGUCGAGAGUUUUCUCUGGAGUUUCCACCGACCAUCAUCCAAAUUGGGCAACACAUACCAGGCCCUGAUGCCCGAUCUCCUCCACAUAUUGUAUGGGGGCGUACUUCCCCGCCUCGUCCACGUCGCAAAGGGCGGCGACGCAAAUGCUCUCGUGCUCGAUGACCGCUUGCUCGCUGCAUACGACGCAGCCAUCCUGGCAGGUGUUCCCCUCCCGUCAGGCCUCUACUUCUCAAGGAAUGCUUACUACUCCGCGGCAGAGCACGCUGCAAUGCUCACGGUUCUCCCGUUUAUGUUGGAGGGGCGCGUUGAACCUGUGCAACUGACGGCAGUCGUCUACUUUGCCGAUUGGCAUCACAACCACAUCCGGGCCGAGUCAUACACUGAGGAGUCACUGCGGCAGAUGGAGUUGGACACGGCUGAGCUGGUGCGGCUGCUGAUGACACAGUUUCCCAGAGGCGGGCAUGGAUGGAACCUUAUCAAGGUCCACGGGUUCAAUCACCUCCCUGAGGCUAUCAGGCGCGGCGGACAUCCCCGGGAGUACUCCACGGCGCCCUAUGAGAAUGCGCAUAUACGAAACUGCAAAGCCCCGUACAGAACUUCAAACAAGCGGGACUACGAAGCUGCCAUCCUAUCCGGAAGCACCACCCGUCACGCCAUGGCCGUGCUACCUCCAGCUUCUGUGGAAGGCCCUCGUGAAUACAACACGGCCGCCAAGCGGGCACGUCUCUCCAGAUCCAACACGCUUACCAGCACUAGUGCUCUCUUGACAGAUGGGACUGGGACCCAUACAAGGGGGGAUGCUCUUCUGGCACAGUACAACGCCGCUUCAGAGGGUUGCCUUUCUCGGUAUCCCCAGGUCAUGCAGCAGCAUGGAUACAGCAGUGCAACUGCCCAGGCACAUCGGGCAGUGGCGCUUCCAGCCAGGGACGUGCGCACGGGCGAGCAGUCGGCCUGCUAUGCCCGAGCAGCGGUCCGCCACCACGGAAGCCCAGCAUUUUCCAGUGUGGAGUACCGUGGAGGGGAUUCAGAGCUGCGGUAUGGCAAGUUGGUCCUACUGUUGCGUGCCACUUUGCUGGGUGCGGACCUGGGAGACGCUGAGCGUGAGGUGGCAUACAUCAAGCCAUGGAAGCGGGUUGGUGUGGAUGGGCCUACAGGCUGUGUGCAGCUCCAAGAGAUGAGUAGGCCCGAGGCUCACGAUGUUGUACCUAUUACCAGCAUUGUCCGCACUGUGCAUGUUGUGAGGUCGUUUGAGCGCCCACGCAUAUGGCUGCUGAAUAAAUGGGCCGAUGGGUUGCGAAAAGGUGGGGUGUGAGUUCUCGCCAAUGUGUGAGGCUCAUGUGACGUCUUGAUAUUUCCUGUAACGGUUUGUACUGUUGCUCGGGUUGUUGUGGAUUGUUGGGGCUUAGUCGCCGAUUUUUGUUGGACGUGCGUGUGUGUCAUUUUGAGUUGCGUAGUAUUACUCUCUAGCAUUCAUUUGAAAAAAAG